UCUCAAACAUGCAGGUAGAUGCCCCAGAACCGAAGCUUGAAGCCCCUCAGGGACGCUUAACGAUAUUUUCUUUACCAAAGAAUGACUACAAGAAGACUAUGGCACAGAAUCUUAAUAAGAAAAGGAAAGAUAGAAGGAAGGAGAUUUUUAGAGCCUACAGGCUCAAAAGACUCGAAUUAGAAAGCCUUAAUCAAUACUCAGCAGAGGAGAUCCAUGAGAAGUUAAGGCAAGAGUUCCUUACUGGAGAAUGGCACCAAGAAUGGCAACUCGAAGCAGAGGAGAUAGAGUCCAUGUCUCUUGACCAAAUCUUAGAAAUCGAAGAACAAGACAGGGAGCAAGAACAACUUGAGAUACAGAGAGAAGUGGAGUACUUACAAAUGCUUGAUGAAAAAUCUGAAAUUGAGAGUUGUGCUUACUACGAAGAAAAUGCUACAGAAGAUUCUCCCGAACAAGAAUUUGAUUAUAACAGGUGUCCUGUAUGAUUUAACUUCAUCACUGUAAAUUCUGACAUGGCAGUAUGAGAAACACCAGAAUGAAUAGAUUUGAAUAUUAAAGAUAAGUUACCAGAAAUCGACAGGAAAGAACUCAUCAAUAUCAUACACGACCUUUUAUUUGAACACAGAGAGUUUGAAGAAGGAGGUGAUGCACCAUGUUGUGACUUUGAUCCCCAAGUUUCUCUCAAGGAAAUAAUCGCUCCAGAUCUCAGUAUUGUAGUCAGCUGCAAAAACUGCUCAUAUAUUGAGUUUUAUGAAACAUAAGAAGUUAAAUAUACUCUGAA